AUGCCUGAAAAUAAUGAUGGUGCCAAAGUCUGCGCAGAAAAACAUGGGGACAAUUGCAAUGAUGGGUCAGCUGGUUGCAUAAAUAAUGAGAUCAACAAUGGUGAUGAAGGAGAUGGGAUUCAUCGCUUGUCAAGACCUGCCAUGGCAUUCACUAACCCGUUGUCAAUUAUUAGUGGCCACCUUUAUUCAACGGAUGAUAAAUUGAAGAGGGGAAGCCCCCCUCCAUUUCUCAAGAAUGCUUGUGAAGAUGUUGCAGUAGGCGAAGAGCCAGUGUCAUUGUCUGCAUGCGCAGGUGUUCCCCUUGGCUUUAGCAAUAGCGCAUGGCGGCAUGAUUCCCAUAGCCCCUAUGUUCUUGGGACAUCCGAUGCAGGGGUAGACAAUGCCCUGCUUCUUCUAGCAGUGCUGCCUCAUACUCAUCCUUUUCUCGGAACAUCCAACAUAGCUGCCGGCACUGCCCUGCACCUUCCAGCAGUGCUGCCUCCUACUCAUUCUCUUCUCAGAACAUGCGACAUAGCUGCCGGCGCUGCCUUGCAUCUUCCAGCGUGCUGCCUUCUACUUCUCCUCUUCUCGGAAACAUCCAACAUAGCUGCCGGCACUGCCCUGCACCUUCCAGCAGUGCUGCCUCCUACUCAUCCUCUUCUCAGAACAUGCGACAUAGCUGCCGGCGCUGCCUUGCACCUUCCAGCGUGCUGCUUCUACUUCUCCUCUUCUCGGAACAUCCAACAUAGCUGUCGGCACUGCCCUGCACCUUCCGGCAGUGCUGCCUCCUACUCAUCCUCUUCUCAGAACAUGCGACAUAGCUGCCGGCGCUGCCUUGCAUCUUCCAGCGUGCUGCCUCCUUUUAUUUCGCAGCUUGACUUUGCAUACCCCCACAUCAUUUUGCUUAGGCUUGAUGCUUGUUUCAGUUCGGGACCCCAUCCAAGUGGCUUUGCUUGGCAUGGUUACUGCUGA